AGAUGUUAAGCUAACAGUGACAGCGGGCGAGGUGAUUAUAACGUGAACGCUCACAUGCUGAUCGCCACUACCGCUAGAGCAUUCACGGAUUCUGCUACGUCUCCAGUAGCUUGCUCUGCAUCUCUCUCUCUCUCUCUCUCUACGAUCCUUACACUUCACAAGACACUAGGGAACGGCGGCUGCAAUGGAUGCCCGCGGCGUGGGGUUGAAGGCGAAUGUAUGCUUCGGCCGUGCGAAGAGAAGAAGCCUCGGGAGUGGGAUUUGGGGCGAAGGUGUUAGAGGUUGUCCGGAGAUUUUGAAGCGUAGGAGCUCGUUUGGGGUGCGGAUCAAGACUGGAGUAGCACUCGCUGUUCUUACAUCAGACGUAAACCAGGAAACCAUGGUCUUUCGAGCACCGAUGUUUGGGAAUGAAACGGCCGAUCCGAAGAGCGUUGCUUCCAUGAUAUUAGGAGGCGGCAAUGGCAGUCAGUUAUUUCCUCUCACUAAUACAAGAGCCACUCCCGCAGUUCCAAUUGGUGGAUGCUACAGACUUAUUGACAUCCCAAUGAGCAACUGCAUCAACAGUGGGAUAAACAAGAUAUUCAUUAUGACACAAUUCAAUUCAGCUUCACUGAAUCGCCACCUUUCUCGGACGUAUAACUUCGGGAAUGGAAUUAAUUUUGGCGAUGGAUUUGUUGAGGUUUUAGCAGCUACACAGACCUCUGGAGAAGCUGGGAUGGGCUGGUUUCAGGGCACUGCGGAUGCUGUUAGGCAAUUCACUUGGGUUUUUGAGGAUAACAAGAACAAGAACAUCGAGCACAUACUGAUUUUAUCUGGAGACCAACUUUAUCGUAUGGAUUAUAUGGAUCUUGUUCAGAAGCAUAUCGACACUAAUGCCGACAUUACAGUUUCAUGCGUUCCCGUGGAUCACAGCCGAGCAUCCGAUUAUGGACUAGUAAAGAUGGACAAGGCUGGUCGCAUUGCCCAAUUCUCUGAGAAACCCAAAGGCGUAGAUCUGGAAGCCAUGAGCUACGGUGGAACCUUCCUCCCGAUGUCUUGCCAGGACUCUUUGAAAUAUCCAUACAUUGCGUCGAUGGGAGUUUAUGUGUUCCGACGAGAUAUUCUACUGAAGCUUUUGAGGUGGAAAUAUCCGAAAUCAAAUGACUUCGGAUCAGAUAUCCUCCCUUCUGCUGUAAAGGAGCAUAAUGUUCAGGGGUAUAUGUUCAACGAUUACUGGGAGGACAUAGGAACAAUCAGAUCCUUCUUCGAUGCAAAUUUAGCAUUGACAGAACAGGUUGCUACAAGAACACACAACAUAAGAUCAUCUUAUUUAAAACUUUUACUUAAAAUAUACUCUAUUGUUUAUGCUCAGCCUCCAAACUUUGAAUUCUAUGAUCCAAUGACUCCCUUCUAUACAUCGCCUCGGUUUCUACCCCCAACAAAAAUAGAGAAGUGCAGGGUUGUCGAUGCAAUCGUCUCACACGGGUGCUUCUUGCGCGAGUGUGGCAUAGAGCGUUCCAUAGUCGGAGUGCGGUCACGCCUUGAUUAUGGUUCAGAGUUGAAGGACACCAUGAUGAUGGGAGCUGAUAUAUACGAAACCGAAGCAGAAAUUGCUUCUCUGCUGGCCGAUGGUAAAGUUCCGAUCGGCGUAGGGCAGAACACCAAGAUCAGGAACUGCAUUGUCGACAUGAACGCAAGGAUUGGCAAGAACAUCGUCAUCCAAAACAAGGACGGUGUCCAAGAGGCGGAUAGGCCGUCAGAGGGCUUCUACAUACGAUCAGGGAUUACGAUUGUUGUGAAGAAUGCUACAAUCAAAGAUGGGACAAUCAUAUAAGAAGAUACAUUUCUUCAAGGAAAUGAGAUGAACAAUCCAAGAAUGCUAGUACCAUAAUAGUAUUUGUUGCUGUAAAAUAUGUGCUAGGUUGAUAUACAUUAUAUAUUUCGUUUAUGGAUUAUGGCUUCUGCCUAUGAAAAAUAAGAGCUGUAAUAUUGUAUCUGAGUUCAUGAGCUUUAUAGUUUAUGAUCGGAGAACUCAAAAUUUC